AUAAAAUUAAUGGAUUUUAUAGAAUAACCUUAUGAAUAAUAUAAGAUAUAGAAAUUUUAAAAAUAAUAUGCAAGUGAUUUAGUCUCUUCGAAAACAUAAACUUUUAAUUAAAUUAAAAUUUAAAUAAUAUCAUAAAUAAAAAUUGAUUAAAUUAAAUAUUCAAAUUUCGGUAUUUUAUUAUAAACUGAUUUUUAUGAAAAUAUUUAUUUUUUACAUGAAAUAUUUCAUGAUUUUGCUAAUAAUGAUGAUGGUUUACCUGAAUGUAUUAUUUUUUCAGAUUUUAAGCAUUUUUGUAGACUUUCUUUUAUUACCGAGAAUCCUUAAAAUGAACCUGAUAUAGAUUUUUUUACACUUUCAGAUAAAUAAGUAGCCAAUUUUUUCCAUUCUUAUGCAACUCAAGUAUGGAAAUAUGGUAAUUUAGGUCUUAAUAUGUAAGACUUUUCUAAAACACUAUAAUAAAUAUGCAACGUAAUCUACACAGAGACAAAAGACAU